CAGUAGUAGUUUAUUCAAAAUCAACAAUCGUCUCCUCCGGGUUGAUGCCAGACUAACUUGGUGCAGUCGAUGAACCGCGCACACUCUUCACAUUUUCAGAAUCCAAACACUCGCACACGUCUCUCUCACUCUCACUCCCUCUCACACUUCUCCGGUAAUAAUCUCCGCCGCCCAGUAACCCUAUCACCGCCUCUCUCAGCAAGCCAACGCACUCACUCUCACUCUCACUCUGUUCUUCUCAAAAUCACACACUUACGACUCUACAAUGGCAGCAGUGAAAGCGUAUUUGCUUCUGUUCGUUUUCUCCAUUUGCGCCGUUGAUGGCGCUGGUCAGCACCACACCACGGAGGCUCCGGCGCCGUCUGUGGACUGCAGCAUCCUGAUCCUGAACAUGGCGGACUGUCUGUCGUUUGUGUCGAACGGGAGUUUAAUUACUAAGCCCGAGACGAGUUGCUGCACGGGGUUUAAGACCGUGUUGAAGACUGACCCUGAUUGUAUUUGUCAGGCCUUCAGGAGCAGUGGACAGUUAGGUGUGGUCAUUGAUGGCAGGAGGGCCCUGAAUAUUCCUGCUGCUUGCGGAGUCCAUGACUCCUCUGCUCCUACCUGUGGAAUCUCCCUUCCUCCUGCUGGUUCUCCUGAUGCCUCUCCCUCAAUGAGUGGAGUCGGAUCUACAUCAGAGCAAGCUGCGACUCCAGCUCCAGCUCCUAAGAGCUCAAGUUUUGCAUUGUCUACCUCAGUCGCAUCUCUUGUUCUUGGCCUUGUAGCUGCGGCAUUCUCUAGCUUCUGAGUGAAUGAAUUUGGAGAGCGGGUAACUAAUUUUUUGUUUAACACGGACUUGAUAUUGAGGUUUUUUGCUUCUUUUUUAUCAUCUUUUGGAGUGUCACUGAACUUGAGUAGAAAAAUCAUCAUUUUGUGAGCUACUUUGAACUUGGUUUAGACAUUUACAUUUUGACAUAUGAAUCUACAUAAGUUUCUAUAUUAAAUUAGCUUCGUUGAA